CAGGAGCAAGCGAGGUUGACUGACUUGGCAUAUUCAUAUAAUCAUAUUCUGAACUGUUUUUUCAGUUUCGCUAUUCCACUCUGCUGUGUGCGUGUGGUCGGUCACUGCAAACGCAAAAACCAGAACAUUCUCUUCAGCUUAACCCUUCUUUUUCGAUGGCUAAUCGGCACACGAUUAUUCUUAUGCAGACCUCGCAGAACAGAGCAACUAGGACGUUCAUGGAUUAUGAAUCCAUAACUCAGGCCAUGGAUGGCAUAUGUGCACUGUAUGAAAGGAAACUGAAGGAGUUGAACCCGACCAUAAGAAAUCUCUCGUAUGACAUUACUGAUCUCUACAACUUCAUAGAUGGUCUUGCAGACAUGAGUGCCCUAGUGUAUGAUAGUUCAAUUCACGCUUACAUGCCGCACGAUCGACAGUGGAUUAAGCAACGAACUUUCCAACAUCUGAAGAAAUUAGCACACUGAUUAAUCCCUUAACUUUUGGCAAUUUAAUGUAAAGAAAAUCGAGAAUGGCCGAGAGCCUGUCUGUUAUGUGGGCUAUAUACUCCGUUGGCUAUGUAAUACGAAUAUUGCAAAUGCUGGCAGGUAAUUAUAAUAUCAACAGCUGGUACUGCUUUAGUUUCAUAAACAAAUGAUUGUCGUUGGCAUGGUUGUGUAUCUUCUAUGUCUGCAAGACUUGUCUUUUUUAAAAAUCUUAAUCUUGUAGUUGUAAUAUUAAAUAGUGAGUUGUACUGUUGAAUUAGUUAUCCACACAUUAUGAUUCACAAUGUCGUAUGAAUGCUAGUUUUGAGAGUUCUUA